UUCGAUGAAAUGCCAGAGAGGAACCUCGCCACCUGGAACGCCAUGAUUGCCGGGCUGGCUCACUUCGAGCUCGACGAGGAGGGACUCGAGUGCUUCCUGAGGUCGAGGAGGGAGGGCCUGCGUCCCGAUGAGUUUGGUUUGGGAAGCACCUUGUGAUGCUGCGCUGGAUUGAAGGAUGCAGGUUCUGGUCGCCAAAUCCAUGCCUUCGUGGUUAUCAAUGGGUUUGAGCAGGACAUGUGUGUUGGGAGCUCUCUAGCUCACAUGUACAUGAGAAGUGGUCAUCUUGAAGAAGGAGAAAGGGUUCUGAGAGGAUUGCCUUUCCUCAAUGUGGUCUCUUGCCAUACUGUGAUUGCAGGAAGAGCACAAAAUGGGGACCCUGAAGGGGCCUUCCACCAUUUCAUCCUCAUGAAGAAUGUCGGAUUGUUGCCAGACCAUGUAACCUUUAUUUCUUUAAUGGAGAAGUUAAUAUACAAUCUUUGACACCGAAAGCGAAGUUGCUAUUUUUAUGCCUCUGAAUCCAGGAAAUUAGAAGAACAGCAGCAACAGGAAGGUCCUGACUUCUCCCAUUACAAUUAGAGAUUACGUACAAUCUUGAAACCCCAUACGAGUUGAUGGAUUCGCCGGGUGCUGAUUGGAGUCCGGAAUCCGAGUUAGAGCUUCAGGAGAUGUUAUUGGGUCUGGCAUCUUCUGACGAAUUCAAGAAGAACACGAGAAUCAUGAAAGAAAUGAUCAAUGAUGUGAUCAGCAAGGUAAACAAGCCACUCAGUAAAGGCGAGGUCUUGUGGCGCUUGAUGAUGCAGCUCGACCUUGAUGUUGGUCGUGAUUGUUCUAGGAUUUUUGCUAUAGGGACGCAUGUUGCUUGGCCUACACGUUGGGUAGUGAUGAAAAAUGAGAAGCCUCAAAGGAAGAAAAGUAUUGCAAAAAGAAGUAAUCCUGUCUUGCCAUCAAAUGUGCCACGGUCAUUACAUCUAUUGUACUGUUACUCUAUGUGUGUUUUGGACAGCCCUGAAAAAACUAUAUCAAUUAUUUUUUAUCAUGAUUUCUUUGACCAUUAG